GUGGGAAAAAGCUUGGAAAAAAUUAUAAGAAAGGUCUCGUUUUUAUAGUUUAUUUACGCUGGGAAGCUGGUGUGCCUCCAUGGCCAAUUUAACCUACGCCGCUUUGGUUGCUCCCUCGCCACGUUGCUCGCUUCUUUUCUUGAAAUAUGAGAGAGGAAGGAAAAAUUAAAGCUUUUAUGGUGUCCAGCUCGGCGUUGCUUCAGGUCUUGGCUGGUAUAGAAAUCGAUGAUGAAGUAGGAUCCACGAAGCCAACCUUAACAUCUGAUGUCUGAAAUUAUUGGAUUGAUUGAUUUGAAGCUUGAUCCGGUGGUUGUUAGAUCUAUUGGGAUCUUUUAGAUUCUAAAAGAUGUAAACUAUUCUACGGAUAACAGAUGCUGUGAGAAUUUCUUGGCCUAGAAAAGCAGAAAAGGAAGUUUGCUGCUAACCAUAUAGUUCUACUGCAAAUAUGGAAGACGAAAAUGGGCUUGAGCUAAGCUUGGGCCUUUCUUGUGGAGGAUCAUCAGGGAAAUCUAAAAGCAGAGAUGUUCCAUCGGAUACCAAAGUAGAUAAUGGUAGUAGUACCAAAUUGUCGGGUGGCAAUGUAACUGCUUCUGAUGUCUCAUUCAAGAACUUCUUUCAAACGAGUGUUGAGAACCAAGACCACCAAGACCAUAAUGGGAAACAAAAGGUUGAUCCAGUUUCACUACCACAUGAGAAGUUCUGGACAGAUCUUGGGAAGCAUGCUGCCCCUCUGGCAGAUGGUUCUAAUGAUGUGCAUAGCAGUCAGGCACAGUUCACCAGGUAUCAAGAGCGGUGGAUUCCAAACAACAAAACAACUGAUGCUGAGGAAGAGAAAUCUGGCAGCAGCAAACGUAAAUUGUCAUUUGAGGAGAUAAAUCUUCAAAAGAAGCAUGAAAGGGCAGUUGACCAUGGUGAUGUGCAUGGUAAGGGCCUUACUGGUGUUAAUUUAUUGAAAAAACCACAUGUUUCAGUUACUACGGAAGAUGGUUCCUCUGGUGAAAAUGAGGAUGUUGCAGAGUCAGAAGCAGAAGGCUCAAACUCUUGGUUGGUUUCACAGCAUGAGGACAGUUCCAAAAGUGAUAAACGUGUGACUGAUAAACAUGUUUUAAAUGAUCAAAGUGGAGUGAACUUUCAAGGGCAGAAACAGUCAUCUUUCUUGGGGAAUGAUUCCAAUCAAGAAAUUGGGAAAGUUGCAUAUGGGGUUCCGUUGUCUCUUCAACCAUUGACUGUCAUGACUGUCCCUUAUCCAGCACCAGUGAAGGUACCAACUAUUACAAGUGCGCCUAAUGCAACAAGGUUUCCUUCAUCAUGCGUCAUGCAACUGAUGCCUCUUGCAAAUAGUGAACGGUCUGUGGUCCAAACAAUGAAUACUAGCAACUUGCAGCUUGCUUUUGGUUACUCACCAGUCCAGCUUCCUACUUUGGAGACAAAUUCUUCCUGGGCUUUUGGUUCUCAGCCUCAGCAUGCAUCUUCAUUUGCCAUAAAAGAUAAUGCUGAUGGAGCCUCACAACAUUCAGAGGGUGAUGCAAAGAGCUCUCAUGCUUUUAUGUAUGAGGGAAAAUCAUCAGACUUGGGAAAAAGCAGUGGUAAACAAAUUGGGGAGGCUGGUGCAUCUUCUUCUUCUCAGGCUGAAGAGGAGGACAAGGGAAGCAAUACAAUCUUCUGGCAAAAGGAAACAGCAAACCAACCUGUAGCAGAGAUCUUUUCCCAUGGAGGAUCUGCUAUAAGGCCAGGUAUGUUUGCAUCAGAUGUGAAAUUUGGAGGAUGUGGCUCUUAUCCAGAACUACCAUGGGUUUCAACCACUGCACCUGGCCCAAAUGGGAAAACCAUUUCUGGUGUUACGUAUAAAUACAACAGAAACCAAAUUAAGAUUGUCUGUGCUUGCCAUGGGUCUCACAUGACCCCAGAAGAGUUUAUUCAACAUGCAAGUGCAGAUGCAUCCAACCAGGACAAUAAUGCAGGUUUAGGAUCAUUUCCUGCUAACAAUCCAGCAGCUUCAGCCCAGAACUAAUCAAGCUUUUCAGAAUCUUCUGCAUCCAUCUGUAAUGGUGAAUUAUGCAGCAGGACAUUACCGAGAGAAUUGGUAUCGUUUUUAAGCUAAUCUCAUGUUUCUUGCUCCAUUUUUAGUUUCCUAGUUGCUCUUUUCAGUAUUUGGAGAAAUCCAUCCACUUUAUGUAAUCAUGUAGUUGCAAUAUCAUAGUUAUAAAACACGGAUCAUCUGUUCCCUGACUGCUUAGUUAUGUAUUUUGUACAUUUCACUAUAAGCCUCACCUGCCAAUCUGGAUGUUGUUUCAC